AUCUCUAGAAGGAUGUCUUUCUAGGUGACUACAUUUAAAUGUGUAAGCUCGGCAGGAUGUCAACACCGCUUCGAUAUAAUGCUUUAGUACGACAUCGAUACUUAUCGUUUAUUACGUCUAAAACAACCUAUCGCAAUAGGGCAUUGUGUCGUUCGGAAGCUGUUUUUAUAGCUCCUCCAUUUUACAGGAGUCAUUGCUAUAAUGUGAAGGACACUGGCCGCUCUUAUAGUUACCAAGGUCAAUCUCAGCGCUCAGACCACAGCGGGUCAUUUAAUCGCAUUUUAUGCUUCGGCAGUACUGCUUUUGCUCUAUGCCGAUCCUGGGAUCCUAAGGGUUAUGGAGACAGCGAGGAUGAUAACAUAGCCUCACUUGAUGAAAGCUCAUCUGAGGGUUGGUAUAAGGAUGAUGACUACUUUAGUGUUGACAUACCUAUAGAUUUUGGUCACUCCAAUGCGCAUCAUUCACCUCGCAGCGGUAUAUUAUCCCCUUCAGGUGAUUAUCCUCAUAACAAUUCAAGUGACCAUGGUUUAUGUCGUGAUGCUAUAAAAUCAGGUUCAUUUUCUUUGAUGGGUAUUAUAUCAUCUAUGAACAAUGUAUCUCCUAAUGGUUUUGGGAGGUUCUUUUUACUUUGUUGUGGAUCUGUUUUUGGUCUUUGGUCUUUGAGUGACCGUAUUCACAACCCAUGGUUAUCGCAAUUUCUUCAACGUCAUUUUCUGGCUUCUCGUAGUUCGUUCGAUAUGCGCCGGUGGCAUACGUUAUUGACAUCUAGUAUUAGUCAUGCAUCAUUUUUCCAUUUAUUUCUUAACUGCAUGAUGUUUCAUCAGUUGAUCAACACGUUUGCUCGUCACAUGGCACCACCAUUACCAAGUCGACCUUCAGUUUCGUCUAUUGACCGUUUAUUUUCGUCGUUAAGUUCGAGUAUCGAGGGUUUCUUUUGGCCAAGUACCCAUACCAAACGUCGUAUGGAUACUGUCCAGACAUCGGACAUUAUGGGUGUGAUGGUCCUAUCUGGUAUAUGUUCUAGUUUGGGCCACGUGGCACUGUACAAGACCCCUGUUUAUGGUGCUUCUGGCGCCAUAUCUGGUUUAUUAUAUCUGCUGGCAUCAACAUUUCCGAAUAGUUACUUUCAUACUGUUUUCCCGGUACCUGGUUUACAAGUCAGCAUUUUGCAGAUAUGUCAGAUGUUUGUGGCUACUAAUGUCUACUUUCUAUUUUUCGGGACUGCUUUACGUAACAUAGCCUGGUCUGCGCAUUUGUUUGGUUUUGGUGCUGGAGCAUUAUAUUGUUAUUUACAGCAGCAUGUUUUCAAGCGUCGCGGUUUUCGCAAUCCUGUUACAUUAUCGUUCCGCACUGCUAGCAGUCAAUGGCGCAGGACCUUUAAGGGUAUUAUGAGUUCAUAGUUUGUGGAAGGUUGUCUACCUAUAUAUUUCUG